AUGGUGUAUGCUUUGAAGAUCAUGGACAAAAAGUUCAUCACCAAGGAAAAUAAAACAGCUUAUGUAAAGCUGGAACGUAUAGUUCUUGAUCAACUGGACCAUCCCGGUGAAUGUUAUUUCAAUUUCUAUAUUUGUUUGGAAUAUUGUCAAUCAUCUGAUUAUCUUUUUGUUCAGAAAGGUUGUUUAUCAGAGGAUGAAGCUCGAUUCUAUGCUGCAGAAGUUGUAGACGCUCUUGAAUACAUACACAACAUGGGAUUGAUACAUAGAGAUAUUAAGCCAGAGAACUUGCCUCUUACUACGGAUGGGUAUAUUAAGAGUGCUGACUUUGGCAGUGUAAAACCCAUGCGGGAUAGCCAAAUUAUGGUCCUUCCUAAUGCGUCCUCUGAUGACAAACCGUGCACGUUCGUGGGUACAGCUGCAUAUGUUCCUCCUGAAGUCCUAAACUCUUCUUCAGCUACUUUCGGAAAUGACCUCUGGGCUCUUGCUUCGGACCUAGAUCCCAGUAAAAGACCGGGUGCCAAUGGUUAUGCCACACUCAAGAUGCAUCCUUUCUUUCGGGGAGUUGAUUGGAGUAGUUUAAGAGCACAAACCCCUCCGAAGCUUGCUUUAGAGGCAGAGGCUCAAUCAAGUGAGGGUGACGAUUAUAAUGAUUCAUCAUGGAAUCCUACGCACAUUGGAGAUGGUUUGGCCCAAAAGAACGAUGGAAUCGUCAGAGCCUCAUCAUCAGCUGAACCAUCUGGCCAUAUAACUAGACUGGCCUCAAUUGAUUCCUUCGACUCAAAGUGGCAACAAUUUUUGGAUCCGGGAGAAUCGGUUCUUAUGAUCUCAAUGGUGAAGAAACUACAGAAAUUAUCCUGCAAGAAAGUGCAGCUUAUCCUCGCCAACAAGCCAAAGUUGAUCUAUGUUGAUCCUUCAAAACUGGUUGUGAAGGGGAACAUUAUUUGGUCCAAUAAUCCUAAUGAACUCAGCGUCCAGGUCACUAGUCCAUCGCACUUCAAGAUUUGCACGCCAAAAAAGGUGUUGUCAUUUGAUGAUUCAAAACAAAGAGCGUGGCAGUGGGAAAAAAGCUAUCGAAGGGCUUCAAAACCAGUGAAGGGAGUUUUAUCGAUUCGUUGCACUUUUUUCAACGUUACAGAGGAACUUGGGAGCUAUUAA